GAAGAUUCUCGGGGGUCCUUUCCUGGGGAUUCCCUCUGGGAAGGAGACUGGUCAGUAGAGCUGCAGAGAUUUGCUGGACCCCGGAGCUGCCUGUACACUGUGCAGAGAGCUCAGUGUGGCCGCUGUCACUCAUGUUGGGGUGUGCCCUUAAAGGUGCAGCUGCUUUUCUGCAUCCUCCUCCUCCUGUGAUCCCAAUAAUGACUCACUGACCCACCAAAUUGGACCUUGGUGCAGUCAUUACUUUGGUCAGUCGUGGGUCCCUUUUCUAGGGUGAGUAGACACGUGUCUGUCACACAGCCAUGUUCCAUCUCUUACUUUUGCUGAACUCCCAUUGUUCCAUACUCCCUCUCUUUGCCCUGCCUCUGGUUGCCCUCCACCUCCCAUAAUGCUCCACCUCCUUCUGAGGGCUGUCUCCCAUUGUUCCUCCUCCAGUUAUGUUCCAUUUCCUGUUGUACCCCACUUCCCAUCAUGCCCCAUCUCCCAGCAUGCGUCACUUCUCCUUAUUCCACCUCCUGCCAUGCUCGUCUCCUUCUGAGCUCAGUCUCUCAUUGUUUCAGCAUCUCCCUUUGCUCCCCGUCUCCCAUCAUGCCCCGUCCGUCAUACUGUACUUGGCCUGCUCUGUUCUGGUCACUCUGGCUCUUUGCUGUUCCACACACCAGGCCUGCUCCUUUCGGAACCUCGCCUGUGUUAUUUCUUCUGCCCAGCUCUCCUCCUUACACAGACGCUGGCUCUUCUAGGAAAACUGUGGUGGUACCACUUAAGAUUGGUUUUCAGCCCCCGGCCCGUAUUCCCAGCUCCCUCUCUGCCUCAUUCUCUUCUCCCUGGCCUUUGACAUACUCUAAUGGAUCAUCUCUUCGUCUCCCUCACUGCCAUGGCAACACUACGAGGUCCCAGCUCCACUAUCUUUGUGCUGUACAAACAGCACACAGUUGGGGGCACAUGGCAGCUGCUCAUUACACGUGUGUGAGCUGAGUGGAGUUGGAAGACUGGACGCUUGAAGCGUGCCCCUCUGCCAGCCUCCAAGUGCUCUGUAUGGUCCAGGUGGCCAGACUUCCAUGGGUUCCCUCAGCUCCUCUCCCUUAGAAAGACAAGGCAAGAGCACAGCACAGCCGGGACUGUUGCAGGAGGUUGAAGGUGUUGACCGACAGCUGGCUCCUGGCAUCUGCAUCAUCUUGGCAGCCUGUUGAGCCAGGGCGGAAUUCUCCUUCCUGCUCCUCUGGGUGGGGAGAGGAUGCCUCCCUGUGAAUAAGGUUCAAGUCUGGACUCCAGGGAGGAUGCUGUUUUGGACUGGCUCUCAGGGUGAUGCUUUGUGGUUGUGCAAAGCCUGGAACAGUGAGGGCAUUAGGACCAGGAGCGAGACUCACGCUUGGCUCCCAUUGUGUCUGGCAGAGGGUUUGUGCAGAGCUGGAGCUACGUGUGAAAGGAAACGGGGCAGUGCCUGUGGGCUUUAGGCUUUACGUCUGUUGGUCUGGCCUGACCUCAAGGCGUCCAAAGGAGGAUGUCUGUCAUCCUGGCUUGACUGAAUCCCCAGCCACUUGCCCCAGACAUCCCAUAGAACCUUACCAUGCAUGCAGAGGGGGUAAGAAACACGGGACUAACCACCAGAGCAGAAUGGACAAGAGCAGGGUGAGAGGGGGCAAGCAACACGGACCAGAGACCCUUUUCAUAAGACAAUUGACAAAAUCCAGAGAGGACCAGGGGCAACCCCAGGCUCCUGUGGCUUGCUGGUUCCAAGGGAAGUGGGUCCUACAACUGCUGUUGGCAAGUGUCAGAUGGAAUAAAAGGAGCAGGUGACUGGCAAAAAGCCUCUUGGCUGCAAUGAACAGCCCAGACUCAAUGACAAGCUUGACCUGAUCAGGACCUGCUGCUCUGGGCAAGUGGCUGCGACAUGCUCCUGAGGAAGAGACCCAGGAACGGACGCUGCAGACUUCAGUUCCUCCUGCUCUUGCUGACACUCGGAUGUGUCCUGAUGAUGGUGACCAUGCUGUAUCCUCCCCCGCCCACGCUGCACCAGGCUGUCACAACCCAAGCCAGCAAACACAGUUCUGACACUGGGUAUCGCCUGGACUAUGGGGACUCCCAAGAAUGGGUUCUGGAGGCUGAAGACGAGAGUGAGGAGUACAGCUUCUUGGACGGCCUUCUGCCCUUCAUCUCCCUGCAGGAGGAUCAAUUGCUGGUGGUUGUGGCUAAGAGGAAUCAGAGCCAGCACCAGAGACGGGGCAGCUACCAGUUCAUCAAACACCCAAGCAGGAGGCGGGAUGAGGAAGCCCCUGAGAGGGAUUGGAGGACUGAGGAGGAUGGGGAGGACUCAGAGGAGUCACUGACUCCACUCAGCCUGGACACAGACCUCAACAAGGCACUCAAUGACUACCUGUCCCCGAGGAGAGUCCUGCCUGAGGUGCGGCACCCGAUGUGUCUACCACAGCACCCUGCAAGUGGCCUGCCUACAGCCAGCGUCAUUCUCUGCUUCCAUGAUGAAGCCUGGCCCUUGCUCUUGAGAACUGUACACAGCAUCCUGGACACCGCACCCAAGGUCUUGCUGCAGGAGAUCAUCAUUGUAGAUGACCUCAGCCAGCAAGAACAACUGAAGUCUGCUCUCAGUGACUAUGUGGCCAGGCUGGAGGCUGUGAAGUUGCUCAGGAGCAACAAGAGGCUUGGCACUAUCGGAGCCCGGAUGCUGGGGGCCACCAUGGCCACAGGGGAUGUGCUGGUCUUCAUGGAUGCCCACUGUGAGUGCCACCCUGGAUGGCUGGAGCCUCUCCUCAGCAGAAUAGCUGAUGACAGGAGCCGAGUAGUGUCUCCAGUUAUAGACGUGAUUGAUUGGAAGACGUUUCAGUACUCUGCAGUCAAGCAGCUGCAGCGAGGGGUGCUGGACUGGAAGCUGGAUUUCCGAUGGGAGCCCCUGGGGGAACAGGAGCAGGAGGCCCUCCCAUCCCCCAUCAGCCCUAUCAGGAGCCCUGUGGUAUCCGGAGAGGUGGUGGCCGUGGACAGACACUAUUUCCAAAACUCUGGAGCUUAUGAUCCUCUCAUGUCACCUCAGGGUGGGGAAAAUCUUGAGAUGUCCUUCAAGGUUGCAAAGCCAGACUGCACGGAACGCCGGAAGCUGCAAAGGAGGUUGGGCUGUCGGACAUUCCACUGGUUUCUGGCCAAUGUAUAUCCUGAGCUGUAUCCAUCUGAGCACAGACCCAGGUUCUCUGGAAAGCUCCACAACACUGGACUCGGCUUCUGUGCAGACUGCCAAGCAGAAAACGACAUCCCGGGCUGCCCUAUGACUUUAGCCCCUUGCAGUAACAACCGGCAACAACAGAACCUGGAGCACACCAGCAGGAAGGAGAUUCUCUUCGGCAGCCCACAGCAGCUGUGCUUCGAUGUCAGACAAGAACAGGUGAUUCUGCAGAACUGCGUGGAGGAAGGCCCUGCCAUUCAUCAACAGCAUUGGGACUUUCAGGAGGAUGGAACGAUCAUUCACAUCCUUUCUGGGAGAUGCAUGGAAGCUGGGGCUCAAGGAGACAGUAAGGAUCUACACUUGAGUCAGUGUGAUGGUAAAAGCAGCCAGCUGUGGCGAUUCGACCAGGUCCACCCUGUGGAUGAACGAUGAGUAACAGUGACGGAGAGCAAAGCAAAUGAUCAGCUUCACAUUUCUGCUCCUGUGUGUUCUGAGCCGCCCAUUGUGCCCAGACUGCCGGUAUAGGAGAGAAGAAAAUGAUAUAUAUAUAUAUAUAUAUAUAUAUCCAUGUGCCUCAUGUCAUUGAUUGAUAGCUGUAUUUAUAGAAGAAAAGCAAUGGAGUCAUUGUAUUCAUCUUCAGAAAUGUUCAUCAUGAAAUACAGGAGAGUCCUUUCUUGACCUACCAAGCAUUUAACAUUUGCUUUUAUCCCUGACUGUGGAAGAGGCAUAGACAUUGUCUGACAGAUCUUCCAGGAGACAUCAAAUGCAGUAGAUAACUUUAUCUGACCCCAAGUAGCCUUUACUUGGAUGGUGUGGUGUAUGUGGUCAAGUGUGAAAGUUAGAGUGAAGGGUGUUUAAUGGUCUAUGCUCCAACCCAUUUAAUUAGGCUUACUAGCAUAUAUUUUCUCAUUUAUUGAGCUCUAGCUCAAGAGGAAGCAGAAGGGAAUGGAGAGGAAUGGGGUGGGGCUGGGAAGAAGUCUGGAAAGAGAUUUGUCCUGACUUUCCAGCUCAGGUUGGCCCAUGAAGAGUCAACAGAGCUAGGUAAGAGUUUUUCAUCUUCAGGAUAGCCCCCUUGAAACUCUCUACCUCCAUUCACCUGCUCUAGCCUUCUCUAGCUCAGCCGUGCACAACCAGAUUUCCUCACAGUGUAGUCUUUCUCAGUCACCAGUGCUGGAAGGAUCAACACAGCUGAGCAUUCUCAUGAACAAAGGUAUCAUGGUAGAUAAACUCCCUUGACGCCCUGGUAGGAGAGCUGUGCUGGCUCGAUGAGAAAUAGCAAGCUUUGAAAAAGGAAAACCCUCCCUUGAAUGGAAAUGCCACCACUCCAGCCAAAAUCUUUACAAGGCAAAAUGGAUGUGGCUAUUGAAUAUUCUUGAGGCUUGGCGGGGCCAUCUAUGAACCAACAAUGUAUGCCAAGGACCCCUUAAAUGUGGAUUCCUGUUGAAUGCUCAUGGUUGAGUGAUAUCCACCUCAGCCAGAGCAGAACCAAGGUGUAGCCUCAAGUGUUGCUGAGUGAGUUAGGAUGCUGUGGAGAAAAAAAAAUAGAAAAACAUUCUUGCCCAUUUCUCUCUGGAUGUAAUUAGCUCUGUAUAUGGCAAACUUAAAAUUUCAUAUUAAAGAUGCCUUUGACCUUUUGACUGUCUUUGAACAGUUGUUUUAAAUAAGAAUUAGGAAAGAAGUUUGCAUUUCUAAAAUACCCAACACGUAUGUAUUUCUUCCAAGUCAAUGCCCACUGUGUUUCUCCAACCUUAGAACUGCUCUAUACUAACUAACACUAUCCAAUAUGAUGCCACAAACCCACUGUGGCCAUUUUGAUGGAAAUUCUGAACAAUUCAGGAAAUUUUCCAACUGUUCCUUGAUUGUGCCGGCUACAUUUCAAGAGUUCAGUAGCCAGCUGUGGCUAGUGGUUACUAAACUGAGAACAGUUAUAAAAUAUCCCACCAUCACAGACUUUAUUACUGAAUAGCACUGGGUAGACCUAUUCCCGAGUAUGGAAGAAAUUUUACCCACCAUCUUCUUACUUCAGACCUGUCUGUAUUUAAAAUUAAUUCUCCUAACAUGUUGAGGCAGGGAUGGAGCUUUCAGAUGAUAACCUUGCAAAGGGCAGUAACGGUUGAAGAGCAAACAUUUUAAAAAGAUCUCUAUUCUGAAAUGAAUUCUGUGAUUAGCAUUGUCAGUAGCUGAAGCUGUUGGGAUAAAUUAAUAUAACUAAAUAAAAGGCUAAAUUCUG